CAAAUCAGAUCAAAGCCACAUGGAAUCGAUUUUGAAUGUACCUACUCAAACCCUAGCUGACUCUCUCCGCCUGCCCAUGCGUGUCCGUAAACUUCAAAUUAUAGGAUUUUUUUUUUCAAAAUUACGGUUUCUUAAAUUUAAUUAAUUAAAUGGAAACGAAAGAGAAGCAAAAAACGAAAAUCGAAGUAAUCGAAGAAGAAGAAGAGAAGCAAUCGGAGAAAUUUGUAGUGGAAGUGAGUAGCGAUGAUGAAGAGGCAAAUGAAGAUCUGAGCUUGAAGAUCGUAGAGAAGUCGCUGUUAAUGAAAGCGGCGAAAUUGACCGCGAACGGAAACUGUCUUAUCGUUUUGGACGACGACGACGACGAUGAUGGUAGCGGUGGUGAUGGAGGAGAUACUGGCGUGGUGGAGGUAGCUGCGACCUCGUCGAUGGAGGCUGUGGCGGCGGGUGUGGGUCCCAGUGGUGGUAAGAAGAGGAAAAAGAAAGUUGAGAAAAGGAUUAACAUUUCAGCUGUUAAUGCCAAGGAAGAAGGGAAGGUGGGAACGGCUGAGGAGGCGGAGACAGUUGAGAAUUCGGAGACGAUCGAGAAGGCAGGGACAAGUGAGAAGGUAGAGGCAGUUGAGGCUGCGGAAUUGGUGGAAUCUGGUGGUGCGAAUGCGGAUGAGGAGUCUGUUAAUGUUGUGCUCCGAAAGCUUCUUCGGGGGCCAAGGUACUUUGAUCCUCCGGAUAGUGGCUGGUCAACUUGCUAUAAUUGUGGUGAGGAAGGGCAUAUGGCAGUUAACUGUCCGACACCUAUGAAGAAGAUUAAACCAUGCUUUGUUUGCGGGAGUUUGGAGCAUGGUGCUAAGCAAUGUUCUAAGGGACGAGAUUGCUUUAUUUGCAAGAAAAGUGGCCACCGUGCAAAAAAUUGUCCUGAUAAAUAUAAUGCCACUCCCCAGAGCUCAAAAAUAUGUUUGAAUUGUGGGGAAUCCGGGCAUGAGAUGUUCUCAUGCAAGAAAGAUUAUUCUCCUGAUGAUCUCAAGGAAAUACAAUGCUACAUCUGCAAGAGUUUUGGCCAUUUAUGUUGUGUUACCUCUGGUGAUGAUAGUCUGAGACAAGUUUCUUGCUACAGAUGUGGUGAACUGGGUCAUUCUGGUUUGGAGUGUGGAAGGUUAAAUGAGGAAGCCACUAUGGCAGAAUCACCUAGUUUAUGCUACAGAUGUGGGGAAGGAGGGCAUUUUGCACGUGAGUGCACCAGAUCUGCUAAGGGUGGGAAGAGGAGCCGUGAGUUAUCAACCCCAACUCUAAAAUCUCAUAGAGAAAAUAACAAGAGCAUGGGAAUUAAAUCUGCUCCUCAUGAUCUUGGUAAGUCUCGUAAAAAGAGAAAAACCAAGUCCAAAGAGAAAGGCAAUGAUGCUUCACUGCAAAAAUCAAAACACAAAGGUCGUCGAAUUGCAGAGGAUCAAGGAAAUUUAUCCCAGUCAACACCAAAAAAGUCAAAACACAGAGGCGGAUGGAUUACAGACGAUCCUGGAGAUAUAUUUAAGUCAACACCAACAAAAUCAAAACACAAAGGUGGAUGGAUUUCGGAGGAUCCUGGAGAUGCAUCGCAAUCAAAGUACAAGAAGAACCAUUUCAAGUCUCCUUCAACACCUUCUUACAAGGGUCACAAGAUUUCUCCUAUGACUUCUGGUCAUCAUAUGUCAGGUUCUCAAACUUCCAAUAAUAAUAAAUGGAGUCAAUCAGGAACUUCAGCAUUUGAAGGGUCGGCAACACCUUAUCAGCACGGAUAUUCAUUGUCCAGGUUUGGCAACCCUGGCAAUGCAUUUGGCAACUCUGGCCAUGCGCACAGCAACAUGGGCCAUGCACACAGCCACUUCAGUCAUGGAUACAACUCCGGCCAUGCAUACAGCAAUUCCAGCCAAGCAUACAGCAAUUCCAGCCAUGCAUACACCAACUCUGGCCAUGUAUACAACAACUCCAGCCAUGCACACAGCCACUCUGCCCAUGGAUACAACUCCGACCAUGCAUACAUCAACUCCCGGCAUGCAUAUAGCAAAUCCCGGCAUGAACAUAGCAGCCCAGGGUAUUCAUACAACAACUCAGGGCAUGCAUACCCGAACUCUGGGCCUGGACACAGCAACCAUGGCCAUGCAUAUGGCAACUCCGGUUAUGAUUUUGGCAGCCCUGGCAGUGCUGGGAUGAGGAGAAAGAACGGUUGGUGGUAGAAAUGAAAUUUAUAUUGAAACUGCCGGAUCUGGGAAUUCUAAUUCUUUUCCCGGACCCUUUUGACCUGUGUAUUUUUUUUCUAAUUUCUUCAUCGCCUCAGUAAAGUCAAUUUAUUUUCCAUA